ACCAAAUGAUGACAAUUAUAAAAUAAAGUCAUCUCAGUGGAAGAUAAUGGAAAGACUUCCAACCCAUGAAUUUGGAUGUUCCAUUUUUCAAGAUGAUUGGAAGUAUAAUCACCAUUUUCAGACAGAACAGGGAAAUAAAGAAGAAUAUCUUAAACCUGUGACAGUCACCCAUGAAAAUAUGCAAAGUCUCAGUCAACAAACAUCCUAUAGUCUACAUCAGAUAUAUCAUACUAGGCAAAAACCCUAUGAAUGCAGAGAAUGUGGGAAAGUCUUCAAUUACCACUCACUGCUAAUUCACCAUGGGAGAAGACAUACUAAAGAAAAAUGCUAUGAAUGUAAGCAUUGUGGAAAGGCUUUUAACAGUUGCUCAAAACUUACUGGACAUCAGAGAAUUCAUAAUGGAGACAAACUCUAUGAAUGUAAUGAGUGUAGGAAAGCUUUCCACCACCCCUCAAAUCUCAUUCGACAUCAGAGAAUUCAUACUGGAGAAAGACCCUAUGAAUGUAAGGAAUGUGGAAAGGCUUUUAGUCGUGGCUCACACCUUACUCUACACCAGAGAAUUCAUACUGGAGAGAAACCCUAUGAAUGCAAAGAAUGUAGAAAAGCUUUCAGUUACCACUCAUCCCUCAUUCGACAUAAAAAAACACAUACUAAAGAAAAACACUAUGAAUGUAAAGAAUGUGGGAAGGCUUUUAGCAACACUUCAAUUCUUAAGGGACAUCAGAGAAUUCACACUGGAGAAAGACCCUAUGAAUGUAACAAUUGUAAUAAAGCCUUCCGUUACCACUCAAAUCUUAUCGGACAUCAGAAAAUUCAUUUAAGAGCAAAACUCUUUGAAUGUAAGGAAUGUGGACAGUCCUUUAGUCAUAACAGGGAACUCGCACACCAUCAACGAAUUCAUACUGGUGAAAAACUUUAUGAAUGUAAGGAAUGUGGCAAAUCUUUUGUUCAAGGAUCACAACUUAUUCAUCAUCAGAUAAUUCAUACUGGUGAGAAACCCUAUGAAUGUAAAGAAUGUGGGAAAGCCUUUAUCUGUGGUUCAUGUCUUAUUCGACAUGAGAAAAUUCAUAUUGGAGAAAGAAAAUCUCUAGUACUGUAAUGAAUGUAGUAUUUUGCUUCUAAGUAAACUCUUAUGGGACAUCAGAGAAUUACCAGAUGAGAACUCUGUGAAUAUAGCAAGUAUAGGAAGGCAUCAGAGAAUUCAUUCAGG